AUGCAAUUAUCCUGGAAAGACAUCCCAACUGUUGCGCCUGCCAACGAUCUGUUGGAUAUUGUUCUAAACAGAACUCAAAGAAAGACUCCUACUGUGAUUAGACCGGGGUUCAAUAUUACUAGAAUUAGAGCAUUUUAUAUGCGUAAGGUUAAGUUCACUGCUGAAGGUUUUGAAGAAAAGUUUGAUGACAUUCUAAAGGGCUUUCCAAAUAUUAACGACGUUCAUCCUUUCCACAGAGAUUUGAUGGAUACUUUAUAUGAAAAAAAUCAUUACAAGAUUUCUUUAGCUGCCAUUUCUCGUGCUAAAUCUUUAGUCGAACAAGUCUCCAGAGAUUACAACAGACUGCUUAAGUUCGGUCAAUCCUUAUUCCAAUGUAAGCAAUUAAAGAGAGCUGCUUUAGGUAGAAUGGCUACUAUCGUCAAAAAAUUGAAGGAUCCAUUGAACUAUUUGGAACAAGUCCGUCAACAUUUGGGUAGAUUACCAUCCAUCGAUCCAAACACAAGAACUCUGUUGAUCUGUGGUUAUCCAAAUGUCGGUAAAUCUUCUUUCUUAAGAUGUAUCACCAAAGCUGAUGUUGAGGUUCAACCAUACGCUUUCACCACUAAAUCCUUAUACGUUGGUCAUUUCGACUACAAAUACUUACGUUUCCAAGCUAUCGAUACUCCAGGUAUCUUGGAUAGACCAACUGAAGAAAUGAACAAUAUUGAAAUGCAAUCUAUUUACGCCAUCGCUCAUUUGCGUUCAUGUGUCUUAUACUUUAUGGAUCUUUCAGAACAGUGUGGUUUCACGGUGGAGGCUCAAGUUAAAUUGUUUCACUCCAUUAAACCAUUAUUCGCCAAUAAAUCCGUCAUGGUCGUUAUAAAUAAAACUGAUAUUAUCGGUCCAGAAGAUUUAGAUGAAGAACGUGCUCAGUUAUUACAAACCAUCAAAGAAAUUGAUGGUGUUGAAAUCAUGACUACAUCUUGUCAAUUGGAAGACAAUAUCAUGGAUGUUAGAAAUAAAGCUUGUGAAAAAUUAUUAGCUUCAAGAAUUGAAAACAAAUUGAAAUCACAAACUAGAAUCAACAAUGUCUUAAAUAAGAUUCACGUCGCCAAACCACAAGCUAGAGACGAUGUUGAAAGAACCCCUUACAUUCCAGAAUCAUUUAAGACUAUGAAGAAAUACGAUCCAGAAGAUCCAAACGCAAGAAAAUUAGCUAGAGACAUCGAAGCUGAAAAUGGUGGUGCCGGUGUCUAUAAUAUUAACUUAAAGGACAAAUACAUAUUGGAAGACGAAGAAUGGAAGAACGAUAUCAUGCCAGAAAUUUUGGAUGGUAAGAAUGUUUACGAUUUUAUUGAUCCAGAUAUUGCCGCCAAAUUACAAGCUUUAGAAGAAGAAGAAGAAAGAUUAGAAUCUGAAGGUUUCUACAACUCCGAUGAAGAAGAAACUUUUGACGGUUAUGAUGCUGACGAAAUCGAUGAUAUCAGAGACAAAGCUGCUUGGAUCAGAGAUAGACAACAGAGAAUGAUCAAAGAAUCUAGAAAUAGAAAAUCAUUGAAGAACAAGGCCAUCAUGCCACGUUCUAAAUUGAUCAAAUCAUACGACAGAAUGGAAAAACAUAUGGCUACAUUGGGUCACGAUGUUUCUGUCUUACAAGAUAAACACAGAGUUGCUGCUGACAAGAAUGCUUACGUUGAAUCAGGUGCAGAUGUCGUCUACAACAACUACGCCGAAGCUUCUGCUUCUACCGGUUCAGAAAACGGUGGUAAGCUAAGGCAAUCUGACAGAUUGUUGGAUGGUGUUGCUGAUGGUUCUCAAAGAUCUAAGGCUGACAGAAUGGCUAAAUUACAAAGAAGAGAAAGAAACAGAAUGGCUAGACAAGGUGAAGGUGACAGACACUCUACUGUCUCGCUGCUCAAGCAUCUAUUCAGUGGUAAGCGUGGUAACGGUAAGACUGAUUUCCGUUGA